CUCCCUUCCUGCUUGCAUGGGAAAUCUUCACGGCAGACAUCUCCAUCUAGCCGUGUGCUAUAAUUGAAAUGGCGCGUUUCGCUGGAGGCAGGUUGUGAGGGGGCUUUUUGCGAUGGCAGAAUGCAUGUCGAUAGACGUCAUUUGGUUUUAAUGGCCUACAGGAAAUUUGGCGUUACAAUACGAGACAUUAGGAAGGGAGAGACAGGACAGGAAAAACUGCCGCAUGGAAAUUGUUUAUGGAGAUCUGCAUAUUCAACAUCAGCAUUUCUUAUAUAGACACUUUAUCAACAAGUUACAGUGCGCUUCAAUAAUCUCUCUGAGUACAAGAGAUGUGAGAAGCGUACCCUGCGUUACUUAUUUUGGGAAAUAUAUGCCUAGCCGAAAAUGCCUGGGGAAAUGUUGCAUCAGACGAAAUGACAAUGAUUAAAAUCUGUUCUUUUCCUCUCUAAAUCUUUUGAGAAACGUAACACUGACCUGGUACUGAACGUCAAACCGUUAGACACCUCCAAACCAGAACUUAAAACCGUUACAUUGAUUGGAGCAUUUUCAUUUUUGGUCAGGAAAUAAGAAAUCAAAACUAAUAAUUCCGUCUAAUUCUAAUAAUAAAUUCGGCAAAACCAGGAAAUAUUCUCAGUUUUUGUCUUAAAAUGAGCUAUAGGGUGCGAGUAGGGUUGAGCUAAUUGUAGCCUAAUCCUUGCCCCAGAGGCGUUUGGAAAGCCUGGAGCAAGAAUUCUUUUUUAGCUCUCCUCUGUUAUUUCGAGACGGAUUAUUGCCUUUCUUCUUCUCAUAAGAGACCCAGCAGUUUCAUUUUAGCAAAAAGAAGGACAGGAAAAAACCCGUGGCAGUCGACCAUCUGAUAUUAAAGUCUACAGAAAUAAGCGCCGAGAAAGGGAAAGAGAUUUCUUCUACGUUCGAGGAAGGAAAAAUCAUGUCACGGCUGUCUUUGACCCGGUCUCCAGUGUCUCCUCUGGUCACUCAAGGAAUCCCUCUGCCAGCUCAGCUGACGAAAGCCAAUGCUCCUGUUCACAUCGAUGUCGGGGGACACAUGUACACCAGCAGUUUGGCAACCCUCACCAAAUAUCCAGACUCAAGAAUCAGCCGGUUAUUCAAUGGCACGGAGCCCAUUGUGUUGGACAGCUUGAAGCAGCACUACUUCAUCGAUCGAGAUGGAGAGAUAUUCCGGUACAUUCUCAGCUUUCUAAGGACCAGCAAACUUCUCCUCCCAGAUGACUUCAAGGACUUCCAUCUUUUGUAUGAGGAGGCCCGGUACUACCAGCUGACGCCCAUGAUCAAGGAGCUGGAGCGAUGGAAGCAGGAGAAGGAGCAGAGGAAGCUGGCGCAGCCCUGCGACUGCCUGGUGGUGCGCGUCACGCCCGACCUGGGUGAGAGGAUCGCCCUCAGCGGCGAGAAGGUGCUGAUCGAGGAGAUCUUCCCCGAGACCGGAGACGUCAUGUGCAACUCGGUCAACGCCGGCUGGAACCAGGACCCCACGCACGUCAUCCGCUUCCCGCUCAACGGCUACUGCAGGCUCAACUCCGUGCAGGUCCUGGAGCGGCUCUUCCUGAAGGGCUUCAGCGUGGCGGCAUCGUGUGGCGGGGGCGUGGACUCCUCCCAGUUCAGCGAGUACGUGCUGUGCCGCGAGGACCGGCGGUGUCAGCCCCUCAACACUUCCAUCAGGAUAAAGCAGGAGCCCCUUGACUGAGGCAUGCUGGGAAGGGAACUGGUGCCAAGGCGGACUCUUCAACAGAACAAACCCCCCCCCCCCCUUCCCUCUGCCCUUUCCCCUGCCUAUAUGUAAACCCCACUCUGAAACCUGAAACCGCGGUGGGUUAGCAGUCUUCAGCUCACAUCUCUAGUUCUGUGGAACACAUCGUUCCGACGGGAAUGUAAUGUCAAAUAGGCCGAAAAAAUGUCUUGAUUCUGUUAAGACCCAAAGAAUUUUCAACACACAAGGACCUGUGAAGAAAAAUCAAAGACAGAUGGACCGUUUCUCCUUCUGCUGCCAAAUGUUUUUUCCCCGUUUUUACGAGGCUCUCAGUCCCAUGUGCCAGGACAUGAGAGCACACUUCAUGGAGGAGGGAAGGCCAGUCUUUCACUUGAGCGUGGUCAGUCAUGUCGUUCGGUCCAUAUGACGCCAGUCUGUUCUGUGUGGAAGUGUGGACUGUUUCAUGGACUGCGCUCAUGGACUGUUUUCAUGUACAGUGCUCAUGAAUGGUUUUCAUAGACUGCACUCAUGGACAGAUUUCAUGGACUGUGCUCAAGGACAGUGCUUAUGUGUGGAGGCUCAGCCAUUUUCUUAGCACUCAUUGGAAGUCAGUAGGGUCCAACCGGCUUACUGGAUACCGAAUGGAACAGUGUGCGCCUCAACACAACAUCAAACCACAGAACAAGACGCAACCACACCGUGUAACACAUCAGCAUAGCAUAGUGCAUAACAGCAAUGUACCAGAGCACACAACACUAAAAACAAGCCAAAACCACACUAACAACACAACCAUACAGUGCAGUACAGGAUAUAGACAAACCACACAGCACAGCACAACAGACUACACUACACAUCAUAGCACACCGCCAACCUGGCUCAUUUCCAACUCAAAUGAUCCUGCUUCUUUCAAUGUUUUCGGUGCCAAACUUAUCGUUUUAGGUUGUUUAUAUAGUACAUUUUCAUCUUUUGCUAUUUUGCAACAAUGACUUACAAAGUGUGAGUUUUAGUUGUUUUUUCAUAUGAAGGAUUUCUGGAAUUUGUUUGCAAGAGUCAUUGGUUUGAAGGCAUGAGUAGGAACUGUUUGGCAGUGGCUGAAACACUAUUGUAUCUGGAGGCUACGUGGCUAAAGUAGUCUAGUUACUAAUGCAUUCAGAAUCAUAGAAGGCCUCAUUGUUCUAAUAAUGCUGGAGGGGUACCUGGAUAUUCGAAAGCGCUGUUCUGAUGUUUCUCAAUAUUCCACCCCCAAAUACACAAUAAUUUUUUUUUAUGAUCUUUGUAUUGUUCUCUCAUAAUUUGUAUCCUUUAUGGUAGGUUUACCCACAAGCGCAAGAUUUCCAUGAAUAACAAAUUGAACAUUCCAAAAAAAGAAAAUAAAACAAUUAAAGCUAUUUUAUGUCAAAUUAGCUUGACAAUUGGCCGUGAUGAUCUGUAGUAAACUUAGUGAAUUUUAUAAAUACCUUUUUUGUAGGCGUAAGAUUCCUAAUUGGCAUUGGGCCACAAUGACUGUCCGCCAUAAUAUGUCAGGCCCGCUUAGGACCUGAUAACCAGUAUCAGAACCUGCUGUGGGGGAAUAGUUAUGAAGAGUGGGCCUGCUCUGUGCUCGAUUUCCUUUUUUUGCACUUGGCAGUCCCCCCCGCUUUCUCUGGGACGAGGCGUGACUAUGGAAGCAGUCGGUGAGGCCCCUUGUCGAGGUCGUACCCAGGGGCAGUUAUUUCCUGUUACCCCCCCAGCAACCCUGCCCCCCCCCCCCC